AUGUACUGGAUUGUGGAAAUUCCUCGCUGCACGACGCGCCUUGGGGCACCCGACUUCUGGCCGGAGACGUGUGCAGAGCGACGCAGCCAUACACGCGCCUUCCUCCAUUUCCAUGCCGGUCUGGAAGCUACAAGUACUGGUAAAAAAAACUGGUCUGCAUUGCAGCCGUUUUUCGUCCUGGUGUCGGCCAUUUUCGCUGUGAACUGCUUCAGUAUCACUUGUGCCAAGGAACAAGUCACACUCACACUGCUUGACGACGCUGUGGAAGGUGCCGUCGGUAAAGUAAGCCAGAACUCGGGUAAACUCAGAGGUGCAACCAGUGCAACAGCGACCGGAAAUGCCCUUGUUAAGGCUCAAGAAGCUGUCAAACUUGGUUCAACUUCUACGAAGAACUGGGAGAGUGCUAUCGUAAAGUUCGAAUCCGGUGCGAAGCUAAAACCCCUGGAUACAACCUCAGGAAAGUGGAAAGGAGACUUCGAGAAGCUGAAGGCGGUAGGCCAAUUCAAGAACGCCGACGAGAAGCAGUUCGUGAAACUCACAGAGGAUGUCGCACAAGAGGUUGCCAAGAAUCCGUCCAAGUGGCGCCAUAUCAAGAAGGUGCUGGAGAUUACGUACGGCGUUGGACUGGCAGCACUUAUCGCUGUUGGUUUAAAUUCGAUGGCUUCAUAG